AUGUAUGGUAUACUCAAUAACAGGUCCCGGAAGGCACAUCCCGGAGCUGUUGUACAUCUGAGCGACUGUCCAAUCGAUUCCAAUAAACUACUGCUGGGCUUCGAGUCGGGCUGUAUAGUGCUCUGGGAUUUACGUAAUAAAUCAGCCGACUAUAGGAUCUAUUACUCUGAAGGUCUCAAAUCGAUAUCAUGGCAUCACGAGGGAAGACAAUUCAUUGCCAGUCAUACCGACGGCAGUAUUACCACAUGGGGUGUAAAGGGAGGCAACAAACCCGUCACCACUCUCUACCCCCACUCCAAGUCAGGCAAUGAUCUCAAACCGGAAUUAUGUAAACCUAUCUAUAAGGCCGAGUGGCGGACCGUUCGCAACGGCGAGCCGUACAUUAUCUUCUCCGGUGGUCUACCGGUUGGCAACAGUACUUCUGUCGGCGCCGGCAAUCAGGCGUCGAGUAGUCAAUCGCCUCAACCGAUACCGCAAUCGCUUUCAUCGAAAUCGUUAGACAAAACCAAUGGAAGUCAGAGUCUGACUGUUAUGCACGGAAAGUCCAUAACUGUUCUCGAAAUGGAGGACAAUAUCAUUGAUUUCAUAACUUUGUGCGAAACCGCUUACGAAACCGAUUUUAGCGAUCCGUACGCUAUAGUGGUUCUUCUCCACAACGACUUAGUCGUCGUCGACCUCUUGAGUCCCGGGUAUCCAUGUUUUCAAAACCCAUAUUCAAUGGAUUUGCACGAAUCUCCGGUCACUUACUGUUACUAUUUGGCCGACUGUCCAACGGAUUUGGUUUACGCUUUUCUCACUGUCGGACACAAAAGCAACAAAAGGUCCGGAUUUUCCGAAAGAGAGUGGCCUAUCAAUGGUGGCGAAUGGGGCAGCUCUACCUGCAGUUACCCCGAACUCAUUAUUACCGGACACGCGGACGGAUCGAUCAAGUUCUGGGAUGCCUCCUCAGUACAUUUGCAUCAGUUAUAUAAACUGAAAACAGCGAAACUGUUUGAGAAGCCGAAGAUCAAUAAGAGUGGCGGCGAUUCGUCGAGCGGUACGGAGAGUGGUGUCGGUCUACAGGAGUCGGACGACCCGUUCGCCAUCGAACAGCUCACGUUCUGCACCGAAAGCCGGUAUCUGUGUAUCGGCGGCGCCUCCUCUCAAGUGAUUGGCUUUCGCUUCAGUAAACACGAGACACACAGCGAAGUGCCGCAAAACCAAUACUUCUCUAACCAUUUGCUCUGA